CUGGAAGCCACCCUGAAGUUUUGAACUGCGCGUUCACCCAUCGCCGUCAUUAUGGAUCAAAGGCCAACAUUCAAAUCAACCUACCCUUGGACAAAAGCACCAGUGAUAGCACAAGCUCCUAUGCUCAACAUCGCCGGCCCAGAGCUAGCCACCGCAGUAUCCGCAGCUGGUGGUAUAGGAUUUAUUGCUGGUGGAAAUGAUGUGUCAAACUUGGAAGACAAGUUGCAGAAAGCCGAACAGCUCGUGAAAGAGUACCAGGCAGCGGAAGGCUCUCACGACCAGAACCGUCUCCAGUUGUAUGACGGCCCGAAUUUACCGGUCGGUGUCGGGUUCCUGAGCUGGGGAGCCGAUCUCAAUAAGGCACUGCCACUUAUCGUCAGAUAUCGUCCAUGUGCUGUGUGGCUGUUUGCGCCACCUAACAGUGCUGCAGAUCAGGUUCCUUGGGUGGAGGGGAUCCGGACCCAAACUGGCGGCAGUGUGGCUAUUUGGGUACAGGUGGGGAGUGUGGAGGAUGCAAUUGACGCUGUAGCCAAGCUGCAGCCUGACGUCCUCGUCGUGCAGGGCAGUGAUGGCGGGGGUCACGGAUUGCAGCACUCUGCUAGUAUCGUGUCUUUGGUGCCAGAAAUCAUUGAUCAUCUGGAUGCCAAGGCUCCCAUCAAUGCGAAUGGUUCAUUGAAACCAAGAGUUGUUGCAGCAGGUGGCCUGGUAGAUGGUCGAGGAGUGGCAGCCGCUCUUACCUUAGGUGCUGAGGCGGUAGUGAUGGGAACUCGGUUCCUGGCCUCUCUUGAAGUUCCCAUACCGAAAGGAUACCAGCAAGCUAUCAUCGAGGCUAGUGAUGGGGGGAUCCAUACAAUUCGCUCCGCUGUCUAUGACCGGGUACGUGGGUUCCUGUCGUGGCCACCCAAAUAUUCCCCUAGGGGGGUUAUGAAUCAAACGCACACAGACUUUGUGGCUGGUAAGGUGACUGAGCAGCAAAAUUACGAACUGUACCAACAGGCUCUGAAGAAGGGGAACUCAGGUUACGGACCUAAUGGGCGACUAGCUACGUUUGCAGGCACUGCGGUUGGCUUGGUAAAAGAAAUUUUACCGGCAGGGGACAUAGUUCGGAGGACUAGGAAGGAGACAGAAUCUAUUAUCAAGAUAGAUAGGCCUGCAAAGCUGUAA